GCAGUGCAGCAACGUUUUGGACAGCAGGGGGCCCGGUCCAGGCUGAGUAGGCUCAGUUCUGGUCCGUGGCCGAGGGCAUUACACAGACAAAAAAAUGUGUUGUUGUAUCUUUCCAUGUUCUGGCCAAAGGUUCAUCCCCCCCUUGCCAUUGAGGCCUCCCUCCACUCCUCUCACCAAAUGUGAAAAAUGAGAAUGAAUCUUCUGCAAUCAGACUCGUCUACUUCGACACUUGGCAUGCAUGCAAAUGGAUGGUGAUCACACUGGCGACUUGCGCCCACACAAAGCUCAGAGGUUUGUCUGGCCCAACUCAGGUUUUGACAUUCAUGAAGAGGACAAGAAGGACAUGCAUAAUUGUGCAGGGCUAGUUGUGGCAUCUGCGAUAUUUGGGAGUUAUGAUCUCUUGCAGCAGCCACUCCAGGUGGGUGAAGUUGCAAGAAGAGAUGCUUGUUUCUAUAUGUUUGUCGACGAGGCAACACUCAAAGAUCUGGCUGAAAAGAUAAAAGAAGAUGGCCACAACGCUCCUGGACAUCGCCGGAUGAAAGUUGGGAUAUGGCGUAUCGUACUUGUGAAGAAUCUGCCUUACGAAGAUCCACGGCGCAAUGGAAAGAUACCAAAGCUUCUGCUGCAUCGGCUCUUCCCCAACAUGCGUUUCUCGCUUUGGAUUGAUGCCAAGCUACAGCUAUUGAUUGACCCCUUUCAAGUCCUAGAAAGGUUCUUGUGGAGGUAUGAUUAUCCGUUUGCUAUUUCGAAUCACUACCGGAGGUUUGACGUCUUUGUCGAAGCCGAAGCGAACAAAGCAGCCGGAAAAUACGAUAACGCUUCAAUUGACAGGCAGAUGGAAGCUUACCGCUCUGAUGGCAUGACUCCCUACAGUGAUGCGAAGUUUCCUAUUGUGAGCGAUGUUCCAGAAGGAUGUGUGUUGAUUCGGGAGCAUUUGCCGUUGACAAAUUUAUUUGGUUGCUUAUGGUUCAAUGAAGUGGAUCGGUUCACCUCGAGAGACCAGCUGAGUUUUGGAUACACGCGUGACAGAAUGUCAGUACCUCUGGACGUCAACAUGUUUAUGGACUGUGAACGACGGAACAUUGUGGUGCAGAUUUACCACAAAGACCUGUUGUUGCAAAGAGCUGCCGAAGAAGCCAUUGCACAGCAAGCGUUGAAGAACAGAGAUCCUCUGGGUGCAGGUGUGGAUGGUGUCGGCCAAACAAGGGAACAGACGCUACUAAAAGCAGUGGUUGAUGAAAAGGGGGAGAGAGGGGGAGGAGACAGAGAGAAAGAGGAUAGUGUUGCGCUUGAGGAUGCGAUCGACAAUGUGGUUCUCAGAAAUCCGCAACUGCAAAGAAAGAGAAGACGGAGUCCGCAGCAGCACAGGAAACGCCGUAGGCAUGAGGCGAAGCACAGCAUGCUCUACCUGAUCGACGUGAAGGCCGAAUCCGUCCGGGGAUUGGCUUGUACAUGCUCUGGUGUCUUCCCCAUCUCCCCACGGUAGUGGAUGAAUGGGUGUAUCUUUUUCUUCAAUAACCUCAAUUCUUUUUCUACAACAUAGAAGGGGACUGGCUUGCACUUGCGCUGGGGUAGUCAGGGGUAGUCUGAUUUGAGGCUAAGGUAUACCAAAGAAGGGUUUUUUAGUCUGAUUUGGGUCUAAGGAUGCCAAACAAAGGGGGUUGUCUGAUUUUAGAAAGGGUAGUCGGAUUUGAGGCUAUAAGGGAUGCCAAAGGAGGGGUAGUCUGAUUUGAGGUUGAGGGAUCCAAAAGAAGGGGUACUGGUCUGAUUUGAAGCUAAUAAGGGAUGCCAAAGAAAGGGUCGUCUGAUUAGAGAAAGGGUAGUCUGAUUUAAGGCUAAGGGAUGCUAAAGAAGGCGUCGUCUGAUUUGAGGCUAAGGGAUGCUAAAGAAGGGGUAGUCUGAGUUGAGGCUAAGGGAUGCUAAAGAAGGGGUAGUCUGAGUUGAGUGAGGUGCGCUGCAUUGUUCUCUGUUACUUUUGUCAUUGGCAUAGAUGGUUUAAAGAAAUUCAGGUAAACUCCGACGAUUGUGUUCCGUACCCGUGUCUAGGUUCAUUUGCAGUUACAGAAGUAAGGAAGUAGAUGAGGAGUAGAGAUUUUUAACAUGUCGUCGUGUCACUCCGAGUCCCCGGCUAACACGUCAUCAUCAUAACUGAUUUAUGCUAGCAUGACAAUACUAGCUGAUUUAUUGAUAUUGCUUCUCAUGGGUGGUGCCAUAGCAGAUAUCAAGGCAGAUAUUGCACCUCCGGUCAAUCCAGUGAGAGGGCAUCUUUCCGUCAUCUUCCAUUGCGCAGCAAGGCAGACAAGACGGCCUUCAGCAGGUCUAAGGGUGCCACACUCAUAUGCGGUGUGAUGCUGUCUGACGCUCCGAUGCGUGCUCUACAGAUUCGCUAAGACGCUUCUCAGGGACAUCUCGAUCACCUCGUGGGCAUCAUUCUCUCUGUGACUUUUGUUGAGUAAUGCUGCAAGCUGUGUUCUGUCCAAAUUGCGGCGUCAUGGGUGCCAGCCCCUGUCACCGGUCUGCCAGCGGUCGCCGGUUGCAGACAACAAAGCGCUGUGUAGUUCAUGCGGCGGACGAGAGGAGAGACGGUGAUUAACGCUCGACUUCCUUUCAAAGGAUCAUCGGAUGUCUGCAAAGCUCUGUGUAGUUCAUGCGGCAGACGAGAGGAGAGAGGGUGAUUAACACUCGACUUCCUUUCAAAGGAUCAUCGGGCAAGUACUUAACACACCUAUGCAGUUGAUUAAAAGAACGUUCCGUUCUAACCAAGGGCGACGAGGUCAGGAAAAGAACAGAACAUGAUGUGUGGUUUGCCCGGCGGGUUGUUCCGAGCGUGCUGCUGCUGUUCAACAUAAGUUCAACAUAAGAACAGAAAGUGAUAUGUCUGAUGAGUCUGAUGACAUGUCCAACAUAAAGUAAUGCCUGCCAUUGAAACUAUAAGUGGUAAGGUCCAAAUCGCAGCGGCGUAUACUGGCCGUAGGGCAGUUGGGGCAUAGAAUGUGGAUGUAGGAAUGAAUGGACGUCGUCCGACCGUUUUGUUUUUGUUUUUUUGUUCUUUUGUUUGUUUGUCAGCUCCUCCCGAAUAACAUGUCGGAUAGGCAGCGGAGUUGAAUGUCAUUGAUAACACUGAUAACUCCAGAGUCCAGAGAGAGUUUGCACCUUUUUUGAGACACUGCCUGUGAGGCGGGGGUCUCGAUCCUCCUGAAAAAAUUAAACUUCACUUGGAAGGUCAGCUUGGUUCGGGCCUUUCUCUCGACCCUUUUGGAAGCAUGUCACACUUGUAAUAAAGACUUAGUCUGUGGAUGACCCGCCCGAAGAAUGCCUUUUACAGG